AUGACGGCAAUCCAGCUCAACUUCACGCUUCGCACCUCGGCCAACUGCAAGACGGUGCAUCUCAUUGGAUCCUGGGAUGGCUACAGAGGACAGUAUCCUCUCAGCAAAGAUCCCACCAAGUCGGGCGGGUGGAAGGGCAUGUUCAGGUUCCAGGGCUCGCAGCUCAAGCAGGGCCGGCGGUACUGGUAUUACUACAUGAUCGACGGAUACCACAUCUCCCACGAUCCUGCACGCGAGUCCGUCACCGAGCCCACGACCGGCCGCAAGCUCAACAUCCUCGACAUUCCGUCCGCCAAACCGCCUGAGCCACAGAAAGUCCCAGCCCAUGCGAAACGCCAGUCUACCGCUUCCUUGGGACACUCGCGACGCCACUCUGCUCAAGUGCCUAAAGGCCGCUCACUCUCCCCUUCGCAAAUCCAAUCGCCUCUGCCAACAAAACCCCACGCCACGCGCCUCGUAGUACAAGAACGCUUCACCAACCCGACGGUCGAAGUGCUCAGCGCCCGCCUCGCCGCGUCAGAACUCAGCGAGGGGGAAGACAACAGCGACUCCGAGUCCGACAGCGGCGGCUCCGACUACGUUCCGUCCCUCACCAACUCGCGCAGCAGCUACAACAGCUCGCCCAGCUCCGUCUCGUCGCUGUCGUCAAGCUGCACGUGCGAACGCUACGGCAUCACGCGUACUGGCGAGCGCGUCAAGUUGAAUUGCGGCGGCUCGCGGUGCGCGUCUUCGGACGGUUCGGAGUCCUAUGCAUACUACUUCCUGGCGUCGUGUAUUCCUCAUAGUCAAACUAUAAGACGCGAAGGGAUCAAGGCCCCCACCCGAGGCUGA